GUCCGCCGUCCGGCUCUAGUCUCGUGCAGGGCGGCGCCAUGGAGCAGCUGGUGUUGCGGGCCCGGGCGGCCUUCCAGACGGGCCGCUCGAGGCCUCUGUCGUUCCGCCUGCAGCAGCUGCGGGCCUUGCAGAGGAUGGUGCAGGAGUGCCAGAAGGAGAUCCUGGGGGCGCUGGCCCAGGACCUGCACAAGAGUGAAUUCAACGCAUAUACUCAAGAAGUUGUAAAUGUUCUUGGGGAACUUGACUUUGUACUGGAGAAACUCCCUCAGUGGGUUGCCCCAGAGCCAGCUAAGAAGAAUCUCUUGACAUUGAUGGAUGAGGCCUAUAUCCACGCAGAGCCUCUUGGAGUGGUCUUGAUUAUUGGGGCUUGGAACUACCCGUUUGUCCUAAAUAUUCAGCCAUUAAUAGGAGCCAUCGCAGCAGGAAAUGCUGUCAUAGUCAAACCAUCAGAAUUAAGUGAAAAGACAGCCACGCUCUUGGCCAAGAUGCUCCCUCAGUAUUUAGACAAGGAGCUAUACCAUGUUAUUAAUGGUGGUGUCAAGGAGACCACGGAACUUCUGAAGCAAAGAUUUGACCAUAUUUUCUAUACUGGAAGUCCUGGAGUCGGGAAGAUUGUCAUGGAAGCUGCUGCCAAGCAUUUGACCCCUGUGACUCUGGAGCUUGGAGGGAAGAGUCCAUGUUACAUUGAUAAAGAUUGUAAUAUUGAUAUUGCUUGCAGACGUAUCACCUGGGGGAAGUAUAUGAACUGUGGUCAGACCUGCAUUGCUCCAGACUAUGUUCUCUGUGAGCCGUCCCUCCAGAGUCAGAUUGUGGAGAGGAUAAAGGAAACUGUGAAGGAAUUCUAUGGUGAAGAAAUAAAAAAGUCUCCUGAUUACGAAAGGAUCAUCAACCUUCGUCAUUUUAAAAGGGUGACAAGUUUACUUGAAGGACAAAAGAUAGCUUUUGGAGGGGAGACGGACGAGGCUACACGAUACAUAGCCCCGACUGUCCUUACUGACGUUAACCCUGACUCCAAGGUGAUGCAGGAAGAGAUAUUUGGUCCUGUGCUUCCAAUAGUGCCUGUGAAAAAUGCAGAUGAAGCAAUACAGUUCAUCAACCAGCGAGAAAAACCCCUGGCCCUGUAUGUGUUUUCUAAUAACAAUAAGCUGAUUAAAAGGAUGAUUCAGGAAACCUCCAGCGGUGGGGUUACUGGCAAUGAUGUCGUGAUGCAUUUCACUCUGAGCUCUUUGCCCUUUGGAGGAGUUGGUAAUAGUGGGAUGGGUGCAUAUCAUGGAAAACACAGUUUUGACACCUUCUCCCAUCACCGAUCAUGCCUAAUAAAGAAGUUAAAGAUGGAAGGUGCCAACAAGCUCAGAUACCCACCAAAUAGCCAGUCCAAGGUAGACUGGGCCAGAUUCUUCCUCUUGAAAAGCUUCAACAAAGGCAGAGUUGGUCUCUUCUUUCUGACUUUUCUGGGUGUCCUAGUUGCCAUAGCUGUAAAAAGAUACCAAGCUGUGCUGAGGAGAAAGGCCCUGUUGAUUUUUCUGGUAAUUCACAGACUUCAUUGGUCCAAUAAACAGUGAGGAACGGCGGAUUGCCAAAGGCAGCACUGUCGGUUAAAGAGAGUUUCAAUACUACUAAAGAUGGCUGAGGUUCAACUUGCAAGUUGUCUUUACUGGAUUUCUACUUUGGUUCCCUGAUUCAUGAACAAAUGUAUUCCUGUUAAAAAAUAUUAAUAUAAAAGUGCAAAGAUGAUUAACCUUAAA